UGCGGUUUGCUCCAGCUCUAGUGAUUCGUGUAUGAAUGAAAGGUCUCUGAAAUGUCAAACGGUUUAACGAAAUUAUAAUUUAAUGAUAUUAAUUGUUUAUCAUUUAUUGUAAUUUUAAGAUUCUAAUAUAAAUAAGAAAAAAAAAAAUAUGCUGAAAUCACUUGUGGCUGCCGGAUCGCAAGUUUUUAGAAGUUUCACUGGCUUGAAAGUUAUGAAUUCUCCUUCAUGUUCUGCUCAUUUCUCUAGCUGGAUGAAUUCGAAUCAGAAGCCUUUAAUAGCUGGUGUUUUUUCUGGAAACAAUCUUCUUAAUGAAAGAGCUCCAAAUAGAUCACUUUUAUUUAGUGAAAAUCCAAAUAUAAAUGUGUCUAGAAGUGUGACUAAAUUUUCUCUAAAGACUGGCAAAAUGAAAAGUGUUGGAGCAGUCCUCUCUCGGUUUUAUCGUUUAGAUAAUGGCCUUUGGAUUCGUAGGAGAGCUGGAUCUCAUAAGCAUCUAUGGAGAAGAAAUUAUAAGUCACGAUAUGAAAAAGUACAGCAUGUAGUUUGUACAAAAACACAAUGUAUAAUGUUUGAUAAAAUGGUUUCUAAAGCCUAUAAAAAGAAAAAAUAUUUUAUUGAUGAUCCAUUUGAGCCAUAUGAAAAGCGUAAUAAUUUUGACUAUGUUCUGCCUAUAAGGCAUAUCUAGAGAUGAAAUCAGUCUGUUUCUUGAAAGCAGUAGUCUUUAAAAACAACUGUUUGUAUUUAAAAGGCAUUUUAGUUAAAAUAAAAUUGUUAUUACAUAUUUCA